AUGCCCUCUUCAAAGUCGUCUCGCAUCAUGCCCCGUAGCCUUGGCACUGGUAUUGAUCAAGCCCCCCCAAAGAUUUGGUCCUCCGCUACCUCUGAGGAGACGUCGGUUGGGGGAAAUGCCUCCGACGGCAAAGACGACGACAACGACGAUGUGCCAAUGCAUGUGUCGGAAACUCUCUUCGCUAUGUGCAUCUCCUAUACCAACUACUUGAGCACCUUCAAGACUGAAACCCCAAAGAAGACCCACACCGGCACCGACACCGACACCGACACCCCCAUAAUCAACACCUGGGAGGAUUUGGUGGCCGAGGGCCAGAGGAUUGGGGUGGGCCCCCCACGCCUGCCCAACAAAAAUGAACACCGGGGCUGGGGCUACCAAAGGGACUAUUUGAUGGACUGGAAACAUGCGAGAUUCUGCAGAUGA